CCGCGCCAGGGUGUGUAAGAGCCGCUUCAUUGCCACAUAGGAAGCCAUAUCAUCAUCAAUUUUGAGUGGAGUCUCAAGAUUGUUCGUGCAUAGUACUUGGAUAUAGCAAGGUCUACAGCUACCACAACCUCCAAGCCUCUCAUCGCGGCUGGCCGAACCGACACAUCAUCUCUAUAACCAACAUGUCCGACGCAGGAGAUUCGCAGCAAGAUCCUAUCUUGAAAGUAGAAAGCAACAAAGACCUCAGAAUCACCCUCAUCGGCACCGGAACCAUUGGCCUAUCUUUCGCCGCAUUCCACCUAUCACACCUACUCGGCCCCUCUCAGCUCACCAUCUAUGAUACCCGACCAGACGUCGAGCAAUACGUUCAAGACAACCUACCGAAAUUUUUCGCCGAGGAACCCGCAGCGGCCGCUAUAUCCAACAUCCGCGUCGCCAAAUCCCUUGAAUCAGCUGUAGAGGAUGCGCACAUUAUUCAAGAAUCCAGUCCGGAGAACCUCGCCUUCAAGAAAGAGCUAUGGGCAAAGGUUGAGAAACAAGCACCAGAAAACGCUCUGUUUUGGAGCAGCACAUCUGGUAUUCCAGCUUCGCAGCAAGCGCAGGAUAUGCAAGACAAGUCGAGAUUAUUGGUCGUACAUCCGUAUAAUCCACCGCACAUCAUGCCGUUGUUGGAACUUGUGCCGUCGCCGGAUACGUCGGAGGAGGUUAUAAAGCGGACGCAAGAGUUCUGGACGGGCCGCGGGAGAGUACCGAUACAUAUCAAGAAGGAGACGACUGGCUUCGUGGCGAACAGACUGGCGUUCGCGUUGUUGCGCGAGGCUGUUCAUCUUGUAGAUGAGGGCGUCGUUUCGGUUGAGGAGUUGGAUAGCAUUGUAGAGAGCAGUAUGGGGCCGCGGUGGGCAGUCGCUGGGCCUUUCAAAAGCUAUCAUGCUGGUGGUGGGCCAGGUGGAUUAGAAGGCUUCUUUAAGAAUAUUGGGGGUACAGUGCAAGAAUGUUGGCAAGAUAUGGGGAAGCCGAAUGUUGGCGACGGGUGGGAAGAGAAGGUUUUCAAGCAAUCGCAGGAUUCGUACGGUACUGUGGAUGUGGGUGAGCGCGAUAGGUUGACGCGUAGAGUAUUGGAAGUGCUGAAGGAGGAGAGACGUAAAGGUGCCGAAGCCCCAGAGAAUUGAAUGCGUCAAAGACUAAGCAACAAACUUGGUUCUUGAAACGGAGCUGAGAGUCUACAACGUACUCGUACAUCUAAACGAUAAGGUACAAGCUGGUGAUGACACUAGGUCCGAUAAAGAGACCAAACCAGAAUACAAUGUUCCCCAACGUAUCUCU